AGACUAUCAGAAAUCUCAAGAAAUACAGCGAGUACAAAAUCGAAAAUUCAACAGAGACUUGACAGUCUAAUUUUAUCAGAUUUAGUUAAAGGACAUCAUCCAAAUUUGGUUUGGGAUAUAAAACAUUACAAAUACCUCAAUAAUUAUUCAUACAAAGGUGAUGUUGGGGACAGUGACAAUCCGAAUAGUGUUACGACACAAAAAAUCCCGAUUAGGAAUCAGUUGGAAGUCGAGGCGUUAUGGGCCUCUCAGAUAGGUUUGUGGAAUUGUACGAAACAGAGCUAUUGGACUUAUAUAAACAAUAUGGCAGAAGUAACUACACCCAGGAUUUACACUAACGAUGCCUUUGAUCAAAAAGAUUUCUUGAAAGAUUACCACUUGACUGCGUGUACGAGUUUAUUGAAGUGGGUUCUAACAAUGGUGGCAAAUGACGUACCAAUUAUAAACGGAAAAAUUUCUACUAAUGUUUUGAUUUUUGCUUUAAACCGAUGCAAAGAAUAUUUGCAUAUGAAACAAAACAGAGAUAUUGAUAUUCCAAUACAAAAAAAAGCCACAUCUGGACAAUGGAACUUUUUUUUAAAAAGCUAUUUCACUUUAAUAAAUUGCCACGAUGUAUUUCUAGUUGAAAGAACCAACAUAUUCUCUCUGUUAAUUGCCUACGCAAAAAUAUUGCUGAAAAAUAUUCACAAAUACCGGCCACAGCUGAACUGUGAAGGUUUCCACAAUAUUUGGGUUAUGAAAUCGGCAGACCCUAGAGAUCGAGAAAUCAAAAUGGCUUCAAACUUGAGAGUUAUUACCGAAUGGAAAAAUAGCGCAUCGUCUGAGUACGUUAUUCAAAAGUAUAUAGAGGAACCGUUGUUGAUCCAUGAAACAAAAUUUGAUAUAAAACAAUAUUACCUAAUUACAACUGUUUAUCCGUUAGAAAUUUGGAUGUACAAGGAUUGUUACUUAAGGUUUAGUUCACAAAAAUACACCCUCAAAAGUUUUCAUCGAUCCAUUCAUCAAACAAGCUACGCUGUUCAAAGAAAGGGCAAACAUUUUACUGGUCGGCACUGUGAACUUCCAACGUGCAAUACAUGGAAUUUGCGUGCAUACAAAAACUACUUACGAAGGAACGCAAAGGAAAGUGUUUGGAACAAAAUCAUAUAUCCUGGUAUGAAACAAGCAAUCGUCGGAAUUAUGUUAAGUUCCCAAAGCUUGUUACCGUUCCCUCAUCAUUUUUCAAAAGGAAGGUUCGGCUUAUACGGUUGUGAUUUCAUACUUGACAAAGAAUUCCGACCUUGGUUGAUGGAGAUUAAGUCUUGUCCUGAUCUAAAUCCAACGACUAAAGUAACAUCGAAGUUUUGCAAAAGUUUAAUUCGAGACGUUUUCAAAGUCAUUAUUGAUUAUCCUCAUAAUCCAAACGCUAAGACUGGUAAAUUUGAAUGCGUGUAUCGUGAACCUGUAACACAUAUUAGACAACAAGAAUUAUUUGUACGAGGUCACCAACUACCGGUGGAUUAUUUUGAUUGCGAAUCAGAAGAUGAGAAGAAACCUCAAAUUUUAUGAAGCUUCAGUUAAGACUCCUCUUUGUGACUUUUCGCCUCUGCACGCUGUUAAUUCAAGCCCAUACGAAAUUAAUGUUGUUGAUAAUCACACCUCAAGGUUAUAAAUACUACUGCGAGUACCAUCACCGUAACAACUAUGGAGCGACAUCUGUUUGUGAAAUCAUUGACUUCGAAAGUACUUACGUGAAAGGCCGCAUGCCAAGUUAUUGUACAUUAUGUUAAACACUGACGACUCAAUUAUAUAACGCAGCGUUGCAUCAGUUAUGUCUAGUAUGGUCGUGUAAUUGCCAAGGCCGACUGGAUAAGUGGUGUCCGUGAAAUAUGUUUGUUUAUAUUAAUUAUGCUGCAUCAACCUUCAUGUGUGUACCUUUUGAGCAAGAAGUUUCAGAAGAACGAUGUCUCCCGAAUGAAAAUCCCGUUUUUA